GUUCACUUGGAUUCGUUCAAGCAGUGUUCUUUUGUUGUAAGCAUGUCACAUACUUCUUUCACCUUGUGGUCGAUAUCGACACCAGUUUAUAGCGCGCAGGUAAUAAAUUGUUCAAUGAUCUGUUACCGGGAUACCAAAGUUUGAAUAACAUGCUGGCGUGCUCGCUCUCUUUCGUGAACAACUGUCAAAACGAAGAAAAAAAUGUCAGCUGUCGAGGUGCCGCCAUGUUCAUUGGAAAAUGAAAGUAACCCGUUUGAAAUAAAUGUGAAAAUCAUCCAUAGGAUCCAGCCUGUGAUUUUCGAUAGGAAACAAUGUGAAGAGUUUGAAAAUUUGAGCGCUAAGUUACACAAGGAAAGACAAGUUCGAUCACAGAGUGAGACGUGUGAUGAAGAGUACAUCAAUGGAAUUGAGAAUGCUAAUCACGUAUGUAUUAGUGAAGAUUAUAAACCAGCCUGUGGCUUUCCAACUGAAGAUACAGAUCCUCAAGGAGAGUCGAAAGAUGACGAAACUCUGACAAAAGAUUCUAACAAAUUAGCGAACAAGAAAAAGGAAUCAUUUGAACAAAAAGAUGAAUAUGUUGUUCUUUCUGGAGAUGAACAAAUAGCAAACGGUAUGCAGAAUGAAAAGGAUGCGUGCUUGAUGAACGACAGUGGCUGUCAGCCAACUGAUUAUCUAGAUCACCCACUCGAUGCUGUUUUGGACACUAUUACUAAAAAUGCAAACAAGAACAGAAAUCAAGAAACGACCAAUAAAUCUACAGAAGACAACGUUUAUGAACAAAAUCUGAACAGUCCUGAGAAAUGCGAAACUGAAAAAUCUGCUUUGGGAAGUUGUACUUUAACGGCAAGCCGGGAACAAGAAAUGGAGCAUUGUAAAGUGUUGGAUUCGUUAAGAGCGGAAUAUGUAACCAAGAUCUGGGAUGACUAUGUUUCUGACUUUCUUAUUGCCUCUGGACAAAUGACCCAAGCUGCAAUUCUGGAUAGCGAGACUGGUAUCAUGCUUGCUGGAAGUGUUGGUUUCAACAUACAGGACAGCGAGUUCCAACAAAUUCUUCUCGGAAUACAGUACCAAGAAGCAGCCUACAGGUAUGGCGUGACGGUAAACGGCUGUCACUACAAGGUUCGGCUUGCGGAUGGCAGGCAUGGGAUUUUUGCCAAAUCUGAAAUGGGCGGCUGUUCCGUGUGCAAGACUAAUACUUUGGUUAUUAUUGGUGUCCACGACAAAUCGUGUAGUCCUAGACAUUGUAACGAAGAAGUGAUGAGACUGGGUGACUUCUUUACUCAGAAAGGGAUGUAAACACUGGACUAGCCAGGAUUUUACAUUGGGGGGACCACCCAAAUCGGGGAUUUAUGAAUGGGGCCACCACAUUGUCUAUGAGUUAUGCUGUGGGGCGAAAGAAAAAUAUAUAAGGUAGUGGGGGGGGGGGGGCGUGGUGUGAUUGGGGGGACAGUUCCUCCAUCCCCCUCUUCCCUCCUCCUCUGGCUACGGUGAAUGUACAAAACAGUUUCAGUACCAUUAAUAUUCCAUCUGGCUGCCUUGUUCUGAAUAUUCAGUAUUUUGUGACAAGCAAGGUGGUUAACCCUGUGUUGUGUUAUUUCACUUUUGAACCAAUGUAUUAAAAAUAAUAAAUGAUACCACGACA